UUCCGAUUAAUAAAUAAUAAGAUGUAUCUAUUUUCUCGAAUGAAAUGAAUCUAUUUUAGGAAUGAAAAGAUAAGAAAAUACAAUAUAUCAUUUUAAAAUUGGCGCUACGAGAUACGAUAAACCGUAUAUUUCAUUGGUUGUUAUAUCUCAGCUGGAAUCAGCCAAUCAGCUUAAAUUUCUCUGCUCCGCAUGGUGGACAGCAGCGCGAUAACUUAUUGAAAUAGGUUAGGAUCUUUCCGUUAAGUAAUAUACACUACAUGAGUAUAUUCUUAUUUUGAUAAAUGCCGAUUUAAAUAAAACAUAACUAUACGAUAGAUAGAAACAGCAAAUAUUAAUAUGCAGAAUGCAACUUUAAAAUCUCGUAUUUUGAGAUCAUUGUGCAAUUGUAUGAUUGACAAACAAUUUAAUAGACAUUUCGGUGACAAUGUCAAAAAUAUCUUGGAAAAAGAGAAAAUCAUUCAUCCUUAUCGCAAAUUGCAUCCUUGGAAAUCUCAUGAAAGUUUUUCCAAGUAUUUGUUAAAAAAUAUUUUAUACAACAAAGAUGGAUUGGUUGCAAUAAAUAAACCAUAUGGAAUAUCUUCUAAAACGUCAAUUAUUAUAAACAAAAGGAAUCCUGAUAUUUAUGCUACAGUACCUAAUGGAGUAGAUUAUACCUUAGACAGUAGUAUGGAAUUUAUUGCUAAGGAAUUAGGAUACUCUAAAUUAGUUAUAGUUAAAACACCAGAAAAGUAUAUGAGCGGUGUAACACUGUUAGCAGCAAACGAUACAGUACAAAAAGCUAUCAAUUGUUCUUACAUAAAAUCAAUAGGAGAGAAUACUUUGAAUAAAACAUAUUGGAUUGUUACUGUAAGAGUACCAAAUGAAAUAAAAGGACACAAACGCUUGUGUAUGAAGAAACAGUUUAAUUCGUCUGGAUCCCAAAGCAAGAUACUCAUAGAAGAGAAAUGGAGUGAGAAUGCGAAGAAAAAAAGAAAAAUCAAAUUAUUAAAUAUCCAAUUUAAAAUCAUUUCCAAUUCAACUAAUAAUUUAAGUUCCUUAAUAGAAGUAAAAGCAUCGACUAUCAAAUGGCACGCUCUAAGAUUGUUUGCUUCUACCAGAUUAUAUGCUCCAAUUUUGGGAGAUAAUUUAUACGGAUCAAGAAUACAUAAAGUCGCAGGCGAAUGGUUAUUGGUAAAUCCAUUUGCAAAAGUAAAUAAUUAUUUACCAGCAAUUAGUUCUGAAUUAUUAGAAAUCUUAUAUUUAAAGAAAGCUAAGCAAGAAUUAAUACCUUGCCAUAUUCACGCACGAAGCGUAUUUUUACCAAAUAUCUCAAAAAAUGAAUCUUUGACGAUAGAAGCACCCUUAAUACCACCAUUAGACUGGACUUGCAGGCAGUUGCAAUUUAAAAACAUACCAGAAUUAGAAGAAAGUACAGAGUGCAAUGUUUCGUUGCAAUCUUGACGGGUACAAAGCCCCCACACAUAAUGGAAUAUUUUCAUCCUAAAUCAUAUUAUAUUUGUAAAUCAGAAAUGAUAAAAAAGAUCUCUUAACAUAAUCUUUAUUAAUAUUGUAUAAUAUUAAAUUAACAAACGCAAUAAAGUUAAUGACU